ACCACUUUCUCCUGUAAUUAAUCUACCUCAUCCAAAUUACCAUACGCUCUGUUUACACCCUUCAAGAGUUAACAAAACGGACAACAGCAAGAAGGAAAGCUCUGACAAUGGGAUGGAGAAACAGGGUGAAGGAGAGGCCCCGAGGCCAGGCCCAGCCAACGUACCAAACGAUCUAGAGAAAGCAGGGGAGUCUAUAGGCCGAUGCUACGAUGAGGGAGUCUGCCCCUACGACGAGAGCAUAGGGAAGGUCGUGGAAGAUAACAAGGGAAGACGCUUUGUAGUAAAUGAGGUGGUUCACAAAGUGAAGGAACAAUGGCUUAAGGAAAGGUCAGUCAUAGUGACCUUCCAGGGAAAAGCCAGAAACCUGUCACAGGCGGUAAAGGAGGACUUAAUCRGAGCAUACGAGGACGGAUGGACUGCAAAGRAGUUGUUUCAGCUGGAAGUGAGAAGGGGCAGAGUGAAGUUUGAGAGCCAGAAUGUCGCCUCCUAUGUGGCUAAGUCCAAGGACAUAGCCACAUGGUUGAUUCAGCAGAAGGAACUCAAAAUCAAGCUGGAGGACAAGAACGAGUACGCAGUUACCUUCAAACCAAGACUUUCAAAGAAGGAAAUGCAGGAUCUGAGGAUGSAGGAGGCAGAAUCGAAAUUUUGGAUCAUGGCACUAAGAGUGCCACUAGACGCUUACUACUUCUUGAGAAGUGCAGUGAUAGCGCUGUUCGGAGAAGACCUCUCAAUGUAUCCACCGGAGUAUGACAAGGACSRCCCCAAACUUAUGAACGUGAAAUUUGACAUGCCGCCGGAGUCUCGCCCAAGGAUCGACGACAGUCUGGUAAUCCAAUCUCCAKAAGGAGAACGGUGGACAGUAGACAUCGUAACACCUUACACAGACUGGUGUCGCCGCUGCCGAUGGUACUACCAUACUGAAGAAAACUGCMCAAGACAUAGGCAAGCAGAGGAGGGAAAACGAGGCAAUGGUGAAAGGAGGGGAGGACACAGUGAGAGGUACCGACAGCAAGUGGAAGGCCAGGAGCGUCCGUCCCAAGGGGAACCACACAGAGCGGGAGGGAGACAAGUUGUAGAAUCGACAACCGAUGUCAGACACCCUGAGCCCUCAGGGGCAAACGGACAAAGAGAGCGGACUACACAUGCAUCUCAAGAUGCAACUCGAGGGCAGAGGGGUCAAGUGCCAUACAUGCCUGGCCAAAGGCUUGAGGAAGAGCGGAGAGCAGUGAACUCAGAGGGACGGUACUACUCGAGGCAAGCGGAAGGACCAAGGCAGGAAAUGCAGGCAGACGGGACAGGUGGCCUAAGCAAUCAAGAGGAAGAAUCGAAUCACAAAAUGCAGAGAUGGGGAGACAUGCAGGACCACUCACUGCUACCUCCAUGGAGGCCGAGGGAGGGAUGGCCGAUGAACAAUGAUUUGAACCCUGGCAUGCCUACAGGGUUUUUCGGGGUCAUCGGAGAGAGACCGCCAUACCACAACCAAACACACGUGCAGUGGCAAGACCCAUACSCAAACCAACAGGAUGUCGGAUGGGGAGGAAGAUUUCYGCUCUACAGUUCAGAACCACACCAGACGAGGCAGUUCCAGGUCGAGCACCCUAUACCAGGGUACCCAUCGGAAGCCUAUGACUGGAGAAACUUUGCCUCGCAGGCUGCGGGCAGAGGAAUGACCUGGUCCAACUCUGCAAGACGAGAAGAAACAGAAGGUUCCAACAGACGGACUMAGAGAGGAAGUAACCGAUGGGACAUAGGGAGAGAAGGUAGYUGGAGGAACAAAGGGAACACAAAACAACCGUGGCGCGGUAAUGCUGUGGCCGAGGGCCCAGGGAUCAGAGAAGAAGAAGGGAGCCACAAGCAAUGGGGCGAUGCAGGAUAUCCAAGAAAAGCAGAAAGAACGCAGGGAGACCUCCCAAGGACCCCAGAGUCCUCUCAAUCGAAAGUACGGUGGGGAAGUGAAUGCUACGCUGAGGACCAUGGCGAUGACAAAUCAGAAAAGUCUUCCUCGAUGGACAACUCAGCAGCCGCAGGCCUCAGAAUGCAGGGAGGUCGAGAUGAGGAUAGCAGGAGAGUAAUAGACAAGGGCAGGCGUGCCGAAGCAUUGGGAAGGAACCAGAUGGAAGCGGUGAAAAGAUGCCUAGUACCGAUCCUCUGCACAAGAUUGGAGGAAGGGACCUUCUUCCUGGCUCUGACAAGUAACGAGGGGGUACCGCAGAUCCCAUCCUCGGUGGUGGACAGGUCCCCUACUCCGGCAAUGAUCAUUGAGACAGUGAGGAGACUGUAUGGGACACAUGUCCCAGUUUGUCUCAUCCCUCGAUCGUCAAUGGCAAGCGUAAUAGUGGAAACAGUUCAAGGCUACAACAAGCCGUAUUUCCCGUUACUGGACGCCUGGAUACCCCCUGAAGCAAUAGAAGCGUUGAACCAGACAGGAGUGAGGCGUUUUCACAUGGACCUACUCAGGGAAAGAAACAUGCAAGAGCUCAAAGGGAUACAAGUGCUGCCAGGGGUAUCUGCAUUAGUGCUCGUCAAUGCAAAUGAGAAAUUAGUGGAGGAGGAAAACUUCCACUCAUCAUUCUUAACCAAAACUCUGAUUGAGGACUGGCGGUCCUCCUCAAGAGUCAGCUCAUCUAGAGGAAGCUCCGGGCAGCAGUCGAGAGAAUUAGGGAGAAUAGGGCACCUGUCCCAUUCUCAACGAAGAACGCAGUUGACCACACUGCAAAUCCAAAAACAGGCGGAGACAGUAGAGGAGAAUGAAUAAAAUUAAAAUUGCAAUGUGGAAUAUGCAGGGGCUCGGGGAUAUGAACGGGAGGAUGAAAAAGAGAAGAUUGAAGUCUUGGGUGCACGAGCAGAGGGUGAACUAUGUGAUGCUGCAGGAAUCGAAGUUAAACGAAG